AUGAAUGUGAGGAUAUGGAGGAAUGGAAGAAAGCAGGAGAGACCUAAGAACUGCACUCACAGCACCGCGCGUCUUCACCAACAAAUGAAGAAACCAAUCGCCGAUCUUUUAAUUUUCAGACGCCUCUUACAUCCUUUGGCUAAAUGUGGUCUUUCCUCCUGA